CCAACAGCUAAUUCUUCGCGCUGAAACAGUUCCAAGACUUUUCCACAUCGCACAAUGGCUGAGACCGGCGCAGAAUGCAACAUCAAGGUGCUGUGCCGCUUUCGUCCCCUGAAUCAGUCCGAAAUUCUUCGAGGAGACACAUUUGUCCCCGUAUUUAACAGAGAUGACACUGUCAUCAUCGGGGGUAAAUCCUUUGUAUUUGAUCGAGUUUUUCCCAUCAAUACCACACAAGAGCAGGUCUACAACAGCUGUGCCAAGGAGAUAGUCAAAGAUGUGCUAGAUGGAUACAAUGGCACCAUAUUUGCAUAUGGACAAACAUCCUCUGGCAAAACCCACACCAUGGAGGGAAUGCUGCAUGAUCCAGACGGAAUGGGCAUUAUUCCUAGGAUUGCUGAUGACAUUUUCAACUAUAUCUUUGCCAUGGAUGAAAACCUGGAAUUUCACAUUAAGGUUUCCUAUUUUGAAAUCUACAUGGAUAAAAUUCGAGACCUGCUUGAUGUGAGCAAAACCAACUUGUCAGUGCAUGAGGAUAAGAACAGAGUCCCAUAUGUCAAGGGCUGUACAGAGCGCUUUGUUUCCAGUCCCGAUGAAAUGAUGGAUGUGAUAGAUGAAGGGAAAUCUAACCGCCAUGUCGCAGUAACCAAUAUGAAUGAGUACAGUUCUAGGAGCCACAGCAUAUUCCUCAUAAAUAUCAAAAAAGAACAUGUGGAGACAGAACAAAAACUUUGUGGCAAACUCUACCUAGUAGACUUAGCUGGGAGUGAAAAGGUAAGUAAAACAGGAGCUGAGGGGUCAGUCCUGGAUGAGGCGAAAAACAUCAACAAAUCUCUGUCUGCACUGGGAAACGUGAUAUCAGCUCUGGCAGAGGGAACGAAAACCCAUGUGCCAUACCGGGACAGUAAGAUGACAAGAAUCCUCCAAGACUCAUUAGGAGGAAACUGCAGAACUACAAUGUUUAUCUGCUGCAGUCCUUCUUCUUUCAAUGAGGCUGAGACCAAAUCUACACUCAUGUUUGGACAGCGUGCUAAAACCAUAAGGAAUACAGCCUCUGUAAAUCUGGAGCUGACAGCAGAGCAGUGGAAGAGGAAGUAUGAAAAGGAGAAAGAGAAGACCAAGAGUUUGAAGGAAAGCAUCCAGAAACUAGAGGCUGAGCUUAACCGCUGGCGUAAUGGUGAGGCAGUACCUAAGGUGGAGCAGGAUGGUGCAUGUGUUGAGGAAUGUGAAGACGCUGCUUUAGAUGACACCAGCAAUGACAGCAAUCAUUCAUCUUCCAACCCUGUCACGGUCAGUGAGGAGGAGCUACACAAACUCUACAAACAGCUGGAUAACAAGGAUGAUGAGAUUAACUUGCAGUGUCAGCUGGUGGAAAAGCUGAAGAAACAGAUGCUGGAUCAGGAGGAGUUACUGGCGUUAUCACAUGCGGACAGCGAGCGAGUUCAGUGUGAACUGGACCACCUGCAUGCUGAAAGUGAGAGUGCAAAGGCAGAAGUUAAAGAGGUCUUACAAGCUCUGGAGGAACUGGCACUUAGCUAUGACCAGAAAAGUCAGGAAGCUAAAGACAAAAGUUUGAAGAAUAAGCGGCUUACCUGGGAGCUUGAUCAAAAAAUGGCGGAUAUGAUGUGUUUGGAGGCUAAAUUCUCACGGCUUCAGGAGGUGAGCAGUCAGCAAAGGAAACAUAUCAGUGAAGUUCUAAACACCUUGGUGAAGGACCUGAGUGACUUUAGUACCAUCCUAGGCAGCGGUGACAUCUGUCUGCCUCGUGAUCUCUCAGGUGUGUUAGAGGAGAAGUAUGCUGUUGUUUGCAUUUAUGUCAGUAAGGUAAAGUCAGAGAUGAAGUCUUUGGUGAAACGCUGCAGGCAGCUGGAAAGCCUGCAUCUAGACUGUCAGUGCAAAAUAGAAGAGAAUGGUAUGGAGCUGUCAUCCUGCAUGCUGCUCAUAUCACAGCAUGAGGCAAAGAUCCGUUCUCUGACCGAGUACACCCAGAAUAUGGAGCUUAAGAAGAGGCAGCUAGAGGAAAACCUGGACUGUCUGAGUGAAGAGAUUGCAAGGUUUCAAAAUGCAAAGAGCCUUCAUGACAACCAACGGGACAGUAAAGAGUCGGUGAAACAAAAGCUACAAGGUAAUCAUCAUGAAUCACAUCACAAACAGCUUGGAAACCUGCGUGAUGAUAUCAACAACAAGCAGAAGAUAAUUGAUGAGCUUAAAGAUGAAAAUCAGAGAAUAAAAAUGGAAUUGCAGCAAGUUCACGCUGAGCUGUCUAUCCUGAAAUGUCAAGAACGUGAGCAGAGUGCUCAGCUGGAGGAACUCAGAUAUCUGAAUGAACGUCAUGAGCAGGCUAAACAGGAUAUGAAGGGGCUGGAGCAGACUGUCGCUUGUGAGCUCCAGACUUUACACAACCUAAGAAAGCUUUUUGUUCAAGACCUCACGACUCGAGUUAAGCGAAGCUCUGAAUUGGAGGCAACCGAUAGUGGGGGGUUUUCUACCCAAAAACAAAAGAUUUCAUUUCUGGAAAACAACUUGGAGCAGCUUACAAAAGUGCACAAACAGCUUGUUCGUGAUAACGCAGACCUGCGCUGUGAGCUUCCAAAACUUGAAAAGCGUCUUUGCACUACAGCCGACAGAGUUCGGGCACUUGAGGAUGCACUAAAGGAAGCCAAAGAGGGAGCCAUGAAGGACCGGCAUCGCUACCAGCAAGAAGUAGAGCACAUCAAAGAAUUCAUGAGAGUUGGAAACCCUUUCCGCCGCCCUCAUGGUGCACUGAUUGCCAAACCAGUUCGGCCUGGGCAUUACCCAUUCUGCUCACCAGUCAAUCACUUGUUUAUGCGCACCAGUGAACCAAAAAGCACAUUUAGUAAGGCAACGUUCCAGAGAGACAAUCAGCCUGUAAAGCCAACCCAUGUAAAAGAUGAUUUAAGUAAUACAGACAAAGCUCCUGAGGACAGACGCAGCACAGUGAACAAGUAUUUGAACUCCAACCACAAGCUCAACAUUGUUAAUGGAAACACUACAGAUGUCAAUGACAACAGUGUGCCUCUGGGUGACUUCUCAGUGUGUAGCAGUGAUGAACGGUGUAACACGUCUUCUGACCAGCUUAAACAACAGCAACAACUUGUUACCCAGCAGGAGCUGGCAGCCAGCUAAUCACUUUAAUGUAGCAACAGAAGAGUUUUAAAUUGCAGAUCAGAUCAACUCAAACUCUGUAUGCAAAUAGAAUAAGAAAACAUCUUAACAGUGGACUAGAAUAUUUGUCUAUCUUGUUAUAUUUAAAUAUUUUACACGAGCAUUAGGAACGUAAAUACUGAGCUUUCUCUGCAUUCAUGCUGUGCUGCAAAUCCUUCAUGUGUGCACGUUAUGCAUGUUGUCUUAUUCCUGAACUAUGUAAAUCCUGUUUUGAG